AUGCCUCGAAAUCAGAUGCUCGUUGCCGUCGGGCAAACCAUCCUCCUCUCAGCUCUCGGUUGGACCAUUUCCCACCAUCUCUUGAACAACGCUUACCACCAUGCAUCUCAACACCACGUCUGGCGAGAAUGGGUGAACGCAAUGGAAAUGAUGGAGAAUAACACCGCGAAUGGCACAGUCCCCUCAAACUCGUCAUCCUUCAACAUCACCUUCACCGACGACCACGAGACAUUCUACUGGAAGACUCUGCCCCGCGACGUCCUCUUCUCUGCUAUCAUAAGUCCUCUGUACUAUUACUGGCACAUCUGGCUCGAGAAAAGUUUCCCUGCUCGACCCAGGCCGACAGCAACAUCCGAGAAGGCAUUCAACGACGACCCUACCCACGAAGAAGACGUCAUUCAGAAGUGGAUAGCACAGGGCAAGAUCCGCCGCGCAUCGCUCAGCUGGUGGAAUACGCUCGUGAAGUGGGCUCUGAACAUGGUCAUCGGUUCUCUGUGGCAGGCCGGGCUGCAGUCGCUGCUCUCCGAUUUAUAUUCUCUUCGCCUUCCAAAACGCAGUGUCUCAUCAAUGAAAUGGAACAUCCCCAUGGUCCUUGCUGGGUCAUUCAUCGGGAUCGCCCCAUUGUCAGAUUUUGUAGCGUUCCUCGUUAUCCCCGCUCAUCAGCGAAUCGUCUUCGAAGCUGGCACACAAGCCGUAUGGGAAGUUUUCUGCAGCGCGUUUGUUGGCCUUUUCUUGCCGUGGCUCGCCGAUACGGAAUUCGUCAGCAUGAUGGUGGCCAAUAUCACGGAAAAGGCGAGGAACGAGACUCAGUCACAGCUUGGGCAUAUCCCGAGUGUUCCUGACGAGCUGUAG